CGGGGAAGGGCCGGGCUGUCCCGCACCUCCUCCCCCCGCACAGCCUCUCGCUGUUCCUGGGGAACAUCCCGCUCUCUCCGCCAGGUGCUGUGCAAACCCCGCGCGGGAGUUUCUCCCUGUUUGUUAUCCCCGGGGAUUCUUUGUGUAAAGCGCAGCCCUUCGCGUUUCGGCCCUGCAGCAUCUCAGUAGGAAGCACCGAAGGAUUUUGAGGAGCUGAGAUCCUCCCAGUCCUCCUUUAAUACUUAAAUAAGUGUUAUUAAUUAUUAUUAGCAAUUCUUUAAUACUUAAAUAAGUAUUUAAUACUUUAAUAAGUAUUAUCAGCAGUAACAUUAAGGGCUGUGAAGCUGGGACACGAGGUAAGUGACACCCUGAGGCACAGCAGCGAUCAGAGGAACAGCCGUGGAGUGACCUUUCCGUGCACCUUCAUUGCUGGAUUGGUUUUUUGGUUUGUAUUUGUUUGGGGUUUUUUCAACUUUGAAGCCUUGCUCUGGCCCAGGCAUUUUGUUCAGGCCCAAAAUCUCGUGCUCCUCACAAAGCAGAGAUAACUCUGUGUGCCUUGGCUUCACGGGGCUUGUUGGGGUACAUGAGAACCACAGAAUCACAGAUCCCAGGGGCAGCUCCCAGAUGUCCUGCGAGUCCACUCAUGGAAUCAUUAGGAUUAGAAGGGACCUCUGGAGAGCACCCAGUCCAGCCUCCCUGCCCAGGCAGGGUCACCCGGAGCAGGUGACACAGGAACCCAUCCAGGUGGGUUUGGAAUGUCUCCAGAGAGGGAGACUCCACACCCUUUCUGGGCAGCUGUUCCAAUUCUCCGUGGAAGGAAGUUCUGCCUUGUGUUGACGUGGAACUUGUGUUUUAGUUUAUGGCUGUUGCUCCUCGUCCUGCCACUGGGCACCACUGAACAGAGCCUGGCACCAUCCUGACACCCCCUGGAGAUAUUCGUAUGGAUUGACGAGAUCCCCUCUCGAGUCUUUGCGGUAUUUUAGAGGGGCUCAGCCCACCCUGUCAAAGGCAGUCCAAGGCCAUCCUUAGGGACUCCCUCAGGAGCCCACAAACCUGCAACCACACAAGGACAGACCUCACCCACCUUACCCGAACCCUACAGCCCCGCCAAAACUGUUCCUCCCGAAAGAACACCUGUAUCCCGCUGGAUGCCAGCGGGAACCGUCGCCGCCGCUGCCUGCUGGGACUCGAACUUCUUUUCCAGAAACGUUGGAGAAACCUGGACCGUUUCCAGUAUAAAUUAACAGGGGAAGGAAACCACGGCAAACUGCGGGAUCUCCUCCGGGAGCAGCUCCAGCCGCCCCGGGCAGGGACAGAGCGGGGACACCCCGAGCCCCCGGUGCCCCUCCCGGGGCGGGUGUUCCCGUGCCAAUGGGAUCGGCGGCCGGAGCCGAGCCCUCUGCGGGGCGGGGCGGGCCGGGAGCCGCCCCCGCCGGGAGCUGCGGGACCCGCAUGGACCGAGCCGGUAGCUUUGGGGUGACAGCACCGUUGGCAUUUUGCAGAAUUGCCUUGGGUUGAGAAGGCACUGACACCUGCAACAGGUACCCACUGAGUGUGUUGGCACAGAACAUGCCACCAGGUAACACAUUUCCCCCUGUCACCGCUCUGCCGGGUGGGGCAUCACUAAUUGCCCCCACUCAGAUGGGAAAAUGAGGAUCAGAGCACUCCAAGGCUGCACGAGAAAUCUGCAGCAGAGCUGGAGAUCCUGCUCAGAUCUCCUCAGUCCUGAGCCAGCAGCUCAACCACCAGCCCUUCCUGCCCUCUGGUCGUGCUUUUAUUCCUGUUGUCAGUUCAACAGAAGGGUUGUACCACACGAGGCUCCUCAGCUAAGGAGUUUAUAGUGCAAUUCAGUUGUCCUGGGGAUGUGCUGGAGGGAUGGAGACUUCCUGAGCUGCUCUGCAAGGAGACCUGGUUGGAAAAUCAGGUUUUAAGACCUUCUGGAAGAGAUGAACAAAGACUUCCCCAGCUGAGCUAUUCCAGAGGCUCCUGAGCUGCCUGUGGGUAGUGAGUCAACAAAUGGUCUCUGUGAGCUGCCAGGAGCUGCUGCCCUCCUUGACCAGCCUCGAGAGCUUGACCAGUGCUCUGCAGUGCAGGAUGCCACCGUCCCUUCUGCCAGGACAUGGCAGUGAGAGGACAUCUGGCCCCCCAGAGGGCUUUGGCCACCUCCUGGCAGGCAGCACUAGCCCCGCUGAAGGCGUCCUGCUGUCCAAGGGGGAACAGCCCAAAGCCCAGCUCGCCGUCUGCGAGGCUCAGCUCAGGCUGCCCGACUUCUGCAGCAGCCUCUCCCAGGACUUCAUCCCCACCCUGGAGGAGAUCGAGGAGUUCCUGAGGGAGAAGGCAGAGUUCCUCAGAGAUGAAGGAGGAGGGAGGGACAGCAAGCCCGAGGUCAGCUCGGGUGGCUCUGGGGAACAGCCCGUCUCCAGUGUGCAGGGAGAUGCCUCAAGCACUGCUCAGCCUGGAGGGACAGCUGAUGGUGGGGACCAGGCAGUGGCUGCUGGGAGCAUCCCUGUUGUCCUCCAAAUCCAGCCUCUCCAGAUGGACAGCCACCCACAGGGGGUCAGGGUGGCCCAGCUGGUCAUCAGCCUGCAGGGCCCAAACCUCCCCCUCCUCCCUCAGCUCCAGCCCCCCGUGACCACCGUGGACCAAAAAUACGUCAGGAUUGCCCCCCUGCCAGUCCCCACGAGGCCUGGGGCUCUGGGGGACGUGCAGGAGGUGGAGGCAGCCCCCGGGCACCAGCAGGGCCCCCCUGCCCUCUCCCGGAUGCACAAGUGCUCCCACCCGGGCUGUGACAAGGUGUAUUCCAAGAGCUCCCACCUGAAGGCUCAUUUCCGUCGGCACACCGGGGAGAAACCCUACACCUGUGCCUGGCCCAACUGCGGCUGGAGGUUCUCCCGGUCGGACGAGCUCUCCCGUCACAAGCGCUCCCACUCCGGGGUGAAGCCCUACCAAUGUGCUGCCUGUGAGAAGAGGUUUGCCCGCAGUGACCAUUUAGCCAAACACCUGAAGAUCCACCGGGGCCAGCCCUGCAGCCCACGGACACCUCAGGGGGGCAGCAGGAGGUAAUUCCUGCUGCUCAUCCCUGCCAGGAGGCCCCAGAGCCGAGCAAACGGUGCAGAAACCACCAAGGAAGAGGGGGAAAUGACUCUUUGCCAAACGAUAGGAGAGGCUGUGUUAGCCCUCUGUUCAAGGAUGACAAUGGUCAUGGCCUGUUUCUGGUACUUCUGUCCUUCUCUGAAAUACAUGUGAUGGAAAGUGGAGUUAAUCUGGGGUGAGAGAGUCUGUGGGGGGAAGUGGGGUUGGGGUGAGACAGCUUGGCAAGAUUUGCACACCUUGAGAGACAGAGCAGAGAAUGUCCAGCCCAGAGGAGCUUUGGAUGUCCCAUCCCUGGAAGUGUUCAAGAACAGGCUGGAUGGGGAUAGUGGGAGGUGUCCCUUCCCCUGGCAGGGGGUGAAAUGAGGUGGGAUUUAAGAUCUCUUCCGGCCCAAACCAUUUUAUGAUCCUAUGAUUUGUUCUGCCUGUGUGUGAGCUCAGCUGGUGGGGUGGCAUCCAGGGGAAACUGUGGGUGGAUAGGGUCAUGAAAUCCUUGAAUGGUUUGGGUGGGAAGGGACCUUAAAGAUCAUUUCCUCCCACCCCCUGCCAUGGGCAGGGACACCUUCCACUAGCCCAGGUUGCUCCAAGUCCUGUCCAACCUGGCCUUGGACACUUCCAGGGAUGGGGCAGCCACAGCUUCUCUGGGCAACCUGUCCCAGGGCCUCCCCACCCUCACAGGGAGGAAUUCCUUCCCAAUAUCCAAUCUAAACCUAUUCUCUUUCAGUGGGAAGCCAUUCCCCUUGUCCUGUCCCUCCAGUUCCUGGUGAAAUGGGGGAUGGAUGGGGGGUGUUUGCUGUGGGGGCCGAAGCAGACAUUGGAAAUGGCUUUUCUGGUGUGGUUGAGGUGGUUGUGUUGUCCCCAGAUCUGCUUUUCUGUGCUGGUGGUUCUCCAUCUGCCUGGCACUGGGCACACUGGAGUCCUCAGGGAGCAGGACAAUGUGUGAAGGGGUGGGAGAUGCAUCUGUGGAGCUCAGUCCAAGGUGUGCCCUAAAAGGGAUCAGGAAAGCAGCACCAGAAAAGUCCUUUUUAACAUGAAAGGAGAGUGCCAAGGAGAGACAGGGAUGUGUGAGACCCCAGAAGAGCUGAGAGCCCCUAUCAGGGGGGCAGAGCAGCUCCCGGGCUCUGACGUCCCUCUUGUAUUUGACUUCUGGUUAAUUAAAGGCCAACUCCUCGCU